AUGGAGCCGGGCAAUUUCAACGGCUCAGAUUUACCCAUCGCCGCCGCCGGCUGUUUCAUCCCGACCGUCGAUCGGGAUCAUAACCAUAUGCUCACCCUCUCUCUCUCCCCCUUCCGUUACUCUCCACCGCCUCCUCCCGUCGUCGCGCGGCGGCGAUCAGCACGGAGCGCCGGCGAGGAGAAGGAGCCGAACAUCAUCCCGCCGUACGAGUGGGCGACGAACCGUCGGGCGACGGUCCACAGCCUGGCUUACCUGGUCUCGAAGGAGAUAACCGUGAUCCGCGGUACGGUCCAGUGCCGGCGGUGCGAGCGGCAGUUGGAGAUGGAGUUGGAUUUGCAGGAGAAGUUCGAGGAGGUGGCGGGGUAUUUCCGGCAGCACAAGGCGGAGAUGUGUCACAGAGCUCCCAAGGAAUGGCAGUGUCCGGUGCUCCCUCGGUGUGGAUACUGCGAGCAGGAGAACUCGCUGAAGCCGGUGAUUUCCCCGAAGAAGAGGUCCAUAAACUGGCUCUUCUUGUUCCUGGGGCAGAUGAUCGGGUGCUGCACGCUGGAGCAGCUCAAGUACUUCUGCAAGCACACCAAAAACCACCGCACAGGGGCCAAGAAUCGGGUACUCUACCUCACCUAUUUGAAUAUCUGCAAGCAACUCGAUCCCAACGGGCCCUACGAUCUCUAACUCAUCAUUUUCA